UUUUUGGCUGAGGACUCUUUUAGUACAACAUUCUCAGAAAUUUUUAAGAGAUAAACCGCUGUACCUACCUGACGCUGUCAGACAACCUGAGCGUGCCAUAGAUAGUCCUUUACGACCAAUAUCUAGAGAUGUUAGCUCAAGAAUCGGUCAUUUCCCUUCACAGUUUCGCUUACGAACGUCGACAAGUCUAAACCCUCCGCUGGACGUCAAGGGUCUUAAAGACGUUAUGAUGAUCAAGUCACUAGCAUUACAGCACAGAGCACCAUCUGCAGCAGCCAUACACCCUAUUGAUAGUCGGGAAGGAACACCCUAUAUACAGGGAAGACCGGGAUCCAGUAGUACUGUGGCCUCACGAAUGUCUAGAUUUGGACGUGUUCCUGACAAUUUUUUAAAUCGCAUGGCGUCCGCAAAGACCAGAAGGAAUCCCGCGAGUCAAAGGCUGGCACCUUUGGAACGCGAAAGACCCAAAACACCUAAUACACAGGAGGAUGUUAAAUGUGAAAUCGUACGUGGAACUAAAUUAUUACCAGGUGGAGAACGAUUGACAUCCCCACCACACCCCCUCAAUACCUCAUCUCCCCAGCCAUGGGGGGCUAGGAAUGGUACGCUGCCUCCACUAGAAAGAACGGUAUCAUAUGGUGAAAGUACUGCAGCGGUGUCUACUUUAGUAUCAGCGUCAACUACUGGAUCAUCUAAUCAAACAUUACAUUCUGCUGCUAGAAGUAGUGCGAAAGCUAAAGUCCAUUUUAAUGUUCGUGCAUCCAGUGCAGCCACAGAUGAUUCAAGGCGGAGUUUACGAGAAAGAGCACCAGUGUUCUCUGAAUCCCGGCCAAACACAACUCAUUCGUUUCGAACUGAUACGCCCAGUGCUAAUGCAAACAACCGUCGGUUAUCAACACCAAUGAACAAUUUUAAUCAUAGCAGAGGAGUACUGGGAACUAACCGACAACCGCUGGACCUGGGUGGUAUUACAGGUGUUAGUAUGUCAAUCUCUGCUGGGCCACCAGGCAGUGACCUUCAUACGUCACAUAGUGGUCACCAUGGUGAUAGCAGAGGGAUCUCGCCAAUCAGCGACGAGGCCGACGAAGUAGAGAGUUAUUUCGGUCACGCCGGCCACCAAAGACGAGGGAGACUGGGGACUAUAAGAUAGCAUUAGCUUUAAAUUUCCUUCUAAUUUAAUAUUUAAUAGAUUUAAAUAUAUUUUUACACUAGUUCUCUAUAAAUUACGAAAAAUUUAUAAGGGGAACACAAAUCGUACUUGAGUAAGUCAUGGACCAAGGACCUCUGAAGAUGAACUUAGUUUUACAGUGCUUCAAAGCUAAAUAGCACGUGCAGGAUCGAAAUCGGGCUUAAAAGGAAGUCCAACAAAGCCGUUUUUUCAUGACAUUGUCAGAAAAUAAAAAUUUUCCAAUCACACUCGCCUGAGAAAAAGACUGGGUCGUAUUGGCGUUGCAGUGCACUGUUGGACUCUUUAAGGGGAUAAAAUAUAAGCCAUCUUUAAGAUGUGUCCCCUUAAACAGCCACACAAUGCACUGAAAUGUCAACUCGACCUAGUUUUUCCUCAACCUUGGAAUAUCCAAUAGGCGCGUGUGAUUGAAAAGUUUUUAUGCGACGUUUGGGCACGAGGAUAUUGCUUCGUAAUAAAGGUAGUCAUCUUUGUCACUCUUCUAGCUGGUAAUAUCCACAAAAUGAAACACAAAUGAUACAGAUGUAGCUACGCUGAAUUCCUUUGGGUUCUGUCUUUUGAGUUUUGGGGCUCCUAAUAGACCUUUAUAGCUCGGGCGUACUGUUUUCCCAUUUCACACCACAUGUCAUUCCCUAGAGUAUCAUUUCUUUGUUUACAUGCUGCGUAUGAGAAGUUGCGGGAAUAUGGAUACAACUCAAACAAAGGAUCUUAUUCCCAAGAGAAUUACAAGUGGUCUGAGAUGGGAAAACUUUACUCCCAAGGUAAGAAGGUCUAGUUUGGCAGACUCGCAAAGGGUGCGCGCAAAGGCAAAAGAUGUUGGUUUACUUGGUUAAUCACUCUGAACUGUUGCUUCCAAAGGGGCGCGCCUCAGUGUGUGGUAUAUUAUCAUGGUUCUCUUUAUACACAUCAUGGCUCUCUUUAUACACAUCACGCACGCCAUAUAUCCGUGACACAAUAGGCCUCUUUCGCUUGGACGUAAUGUUUGUCCAUUUCUGACCACGUGUCAUUCUCUUGAGUAUCAUUUCUAUUCUCAAAGGAAUGACGUGAUCUGAAGUGGUCUAUUGACUUGCUAUGUACUGCUUAAUCUAAGAGUAUUUAGUUAUCAAAAAGUUAGUUGUCAAUUAACUAAGAAUUACUCAGACAUGAACCAAACAAAGGUGUUUGCUUUUGUUCCCAA